UUAUGAAGCAGGCAGUCUUCGUUUGAUGCUCUGAAGGUUUUACAUGUAUACAUGGCAGCACCGAUGUCUUUGGCUUUAUUUUCAGUUAUUUUCCUGCAGAUAUCUUCGUCUUAUGAACAAGUGCCUGCUUUUGCCGAGGGAAGUUCAGAUGAAGGAGCAUCACAAGACACCCAAAUCAGAGAAAAUGGAGUCGGUAGGGAGAGACAGAGAGUCUCAUACGAACACGGCUCGUUCGCAGCGGAGGAGAUGAGACCGGCUCUGCAGCCACAUGACUGGAGGCCACCGUCUCAGCCUAGCAGGAGAAAGUUGCUGCAGUACGGAGGAAUCAUGCCCUACUCUCCUCUGAAUGUGGUUUACAAUGGUAAAACCUGCAUCUUGUUUCGAGCCAGGAAGCUGGCCAUCAGGUACAGAAAUCACACACUAGUGGAUCUCACACCGAGGGUGUUUGGCCCUGACGCAAUAGUGGACACCAAAGGCUCAUUCUGCAGCAAGGACAAGGCCACACUCAACAUACGAUUUGGAGAUGUAGAGGAGCUCCGAGGACUUUCCAUCAGACUGCAGAUGUCCAACACGUUCUACGAAUCAGCGGGACAGAACUGGUUCACCCUGGACAGCGUCCAUAUCCACUACAACUGGACGCACGAGGCCACGUUCAACGCUACGGACGUGUACGCUCCGUCCACCAACUCGUACCACUGCCAGUUUGUCAGCAGCCUGCAGAAAUACGACACGCUGUUGGUGCCGUGCUCCAACACGGACAACGCGGCAAACUGGCACAUCACCUUCACAGACUUCCAGAUUCAAGCGUUCAACGUCCACUCGAACAAGUUCUCCUCAGCCAGCGACUGCGCCACGUUCUUCACCCCGGCCAUCCUCAUGGGUCUCAUCACGUCACUGAUCCUGCUGCUUGUCCUCGCCUACGCCCUGCACAUGGUGGUCCACCUGAAGCACAUUGACCGCUACGAAGAGCACAAGACUACAGUCUACUUCCCCCGAAGCACAGAAGCUGAAAGCACUGACAAGAACGUCCAGUAGACCAGUAGGAUCCCCUGCCGACCUCCAAGCACAGAGACGGACAGUUCGGCGACUCUGAGCUCUCAAGCCCUUACGAGUGAAAGCGCAGGAGCAGGCUGGAGGUGUGACGUUAAGAGCGUUCUCGCUUCUGACUGUGCUACUACACUCGCAGGAUUGUGGUAGGACAGAAAGAGCGGAUUCCUGACGGAUUUUAAAAUUGGAGAUACCCAGAUUUGUAUCUACCACUAGAUCUCAGAUCUUGUUUUUUUUUUUCUUUGUUUUUUUUUUCAAGAUGUGUUGCAAAUGAUCAGGAUCUGAAGGAAAACCUGAAUCAAUUCAAAUUAGCACAGUGUACUUUGAAUUUAUAUCGUCUGUCUCAUAUAAGCAUAUAACCUCCUGGUGAGAAAUAUUAUAUGGACGCUUUAUUACACUUCACUUACAAACUGUGUAUAAACCAUUAUAAUUUAUAGUUAAGUGUAGUAGACAUCAAAAAUAUGGAAAUACUAUAGUCAAACCCUCUGAUCCUCUUUACACAAAAGUUAAAAUGAAUAAAAUAUGAAGAUCUUCUGAACAGAACCAGUCAAAAGUUGGGACACAGCUGACUGCUUUCUGAAGGCUUAAGCUUGGGUUUUUGAUGCUGACGUUAAUUUACAUCUAAAAUAAAAAGCAGCCAUUAGGUUGUUUCUGUUGAAGCUACUAGUAUAACUAGUAGAUACUGGUAUUAUCAGGGCUACAUUGAAUUAUCUGAUAUAUAAAAAACCUAAAAUGUAAUUGCUUCUUUUUUAGUUCUUGCAUCAUUUUUUUUAUAUAUUGUUGAUGAUCAUCUUUUUUCAUAUACGAAAGCUGAAUUGACUGGUUUCUAAAAUGUGAAAUACAUUGUUAAAAAAAUACCUUCUACACAUAAGUGUGUCCAAACUUCUUCACUGGUUCUGUAUACGACUGACGUAUAUAAAGUAAUGGUUUCUAUGCAGUAUGUAACAAACCCAAGUGUUAUGAAAUCCCUCAAAAAUCUAGAGAAUGACUUAAGAUAUUUGAUUGUUUACCGGCACUCUUUCUGGACGAUGUUUUUUGACAUAUUUGUGUUCUUGCUUUUUUUUUGUGCAACUUGUAUGUUUUGUAAUUUCUUUUUUUUGUAUUCUUUUAAAGUGAAUGCAUACAAGCUGAGCCUUUGACAAUGAGAUGAAUCUAAACUAAUAAGCUACUUGGAUUUCAUUUACAACCAUUGAAGCACAAUGGAAGCAACGCUAAGUUGUAACAUACAGCAUGUUGCUAGAAAAAUUUCAGUAUCAUGAUCAUAUAAAUGUGUACAAUAACUGAUGUUAGUCAUUAUAUACUAAAUGAGGGAAUAAGCCUGUCCUUUAUCCAUUUACACACAUAUAUGAAAUGGCCUAUUGUGUAUUGAUGUGGAUUAAUUAUUGUCCCCAAUAUUUCUGUUGAGUUCAAUAAAACCAGCAGUUCGUUCA